AUGUAAACGCUUGCACAGAAACGAAUAGAGAGAGAGAGAGAGAGAGAGAGAGAGAAAUCGAAAGGUUCAAUUUAGCUUUUUCAUGGCAGUUAGGGUUUGCUAUUGAUCCCUCCCUGGAGCUCUUAACUUUUUCGAUACUGCAUACUAUCUCUCCCUACAAUAAACCCUAAUUUAACGUGUUUAUAGUUAACUGCGACUAGUCUGAUUGAAUUUAUCGGGAAAUCUUUGAAUUUGAAUCGUAAAGUAAGGAGUUUGCUGCCGCUGCUAUGGGCGCGCAAGAGAAAUCGCAAGCGAACUCCAAUUCGAUGCAGCGGGUGAAGGUCUACCGUCUGAAUGAUGAUGGGAAAUGGGAUGACCAAGGGACCGGACAUGUUACUGUUGACUACUUGGAGAGAUCAGAAGAGCUAGGCUUGUAUGUUAUUGAUGAAGAGGACAAUGAGACGUUGCUUUUGCACCGUAUAACCCCGGAUGACAUUUACAGAAAACAAGAAGAUACAAUAAUUUCAUGGAGAGAUCCAGAAUUUUCUACAGAAUUAGCACUAAGCUUCCAAGAGACUACAGGGUGUUCUUACAUAUGGGAUCAUAUCUGUAGUGUGCAAAGAAGUCUACACUUUAGUACUCUAAACAGUGAGGCAUUUCACAGCAUGAACAGUGAGUUGAGAGAGUUGCCUGCUGUUGAACAUUCUACACUUCCUCUAAUACUUAAGACCAUGUCUGAGAGUGGCAUCGCAGAUCAGAUGAGACUGACAGAGCUAAUAUUGAACGAUCAAGAUUUUUUCCGGAAGCUGAUGGAUGUUUUCAGAAUCUGUGAAGACCUAGAAAACAUUGAUGGUCUUCACAUGAUAUUCAAAAUAGUCAGAGGGAUCAUUAUGCUCAACAGUCCUCAAAUCUUUGAGAAGAUAUUUGGGGAUGAAUUGAUCAUGGAUGUUAUCGGUUCACUCGAGUAUGAUCCUGAGAUUUCUCAUAUCCAACAUCAUCGAAAUUUUUUGAAAGAGCACGUCGUUUUCAAGGAGGCCAUACCAAUCAGAGAUCCUCAUGUCCUGUCAAAGAUACAUCAGACGUACAGAGUUGGUUAUCUGAAGGAUGUUGUUCUGGCCAGAGUAUUGGAUGAGGGCACAGUUGCAAAUCUGAAUUCCAUAAUUCAUGGAAAUAAUGCUGUCGUUGUUUCUUUGUUAAAGGAUGACAGUACCUUUAUUCAGGAAUUGUUUGCAAGGUUGAGAUCGCCUUCCACGUCUGCUGAAUCAAAGAAAAAUCUGGUAUAUUUCUUGCACGAGUUUUGUAGUUUAAGCAAGAGCCUGCAGAUGGUCCAGCAGCUCCGGCUAUUUAGGGAUCUCAUGAAUGAAGGUAUCUUUGACAUCAUUGCUGAUACUUUGCAGAAUCAAGAUAAGAAAAUUGUCUUAACUGGGACAGAUAUCCUCAUUCUUUUCUUGAAUCAGGAUCCAAACCUUCUGCGUUCUUAUGUUGUUCGGCAGGAAGGAAUUCAGCUACUAGGGUUGUUGGUUAAAGGAAUGAUAACAGACUUUGGAGAGGACAUGCAUUGCCAGUUUCUUGAAAUUCUUCGCAGUUUAUUGGAUUCCUAUACACUGUCAGGAGCACAGAGAGAUAAUAUAAUUGAAAUCUUCUAUGAGAAGCACUUGGGCCAAUUAAUUGAUGUUAUAACAGCAUCUUGUCCAAAUGAAGUUGUUCCUCCAUCGAGUUGUAAAUCUUCAGGAUUUGGUGAGGGAGUUGACACUCGGAAUGGAACAAAGCCAGAAAUACUCUCAAACAUAUGUGAACUGCUAUGCUUCUGCGUUCUGCACCAUCCAUAUAGAAUAAAGUGCAACUUUCUCCUUGAUAAUGUAAUUGAAAAAGUCUUGACAUUGACACGAAGGAAGGAAAAAUACCUUGUAGUUGCUGCUGUUCGUUUUGUUCGCACUAUCCUUUCCCGCCAUGAUGAGCAUUUGAUAAAUCAUUUUGUCAAGAACAACCUCCUUAAACCAAUUGUAGAUGCCUUUGUGAGCAAUGGAGACCGUUAUAAUCUGCUGAACUCUACCAUUUUAGAGCUUUUUGAGUAUAUCCGCAAGGAAAACCUGAAGUCGUUGCUCAAGUAUAUAGUUGAUUCAUUCUGGAAUGAGUUGGUCAAAUUUGAGCAUUUGAGCUCCAUUCAGUCUCUAAAAGUUAAAUAUGAGCAGUGUCUGGAGCAGUGUGGAGCAAAAAUUACUGGUAACAUAUUGGACCCGAGAAAACGAAAUGAUGAACGUGCUCUAGAAAAAGAAGAGGAAGACUAUUUCAAUGAGGACAGCGAUGAAGAAGACACAGCUUCUGCAUCCCAUACCCAAAAACCACAAGCUCAACCAGUUUCAUCCAAUGGAGUUGCUGCAGGGUACCCAUCAUUAUGUCCACGUUCUAGUGGGCUUGUUGAUUAUGAUGAUGACGAGGAUGAUGAAGACUAUAGACCGCCUCCUAAGAAACAGCUAGAAACGCCAGAGGAAGAUGAAGGAACUAUUGAAUCCCUGGGGAUGAAGCGGAAAUUGCCUUCCAAGGAUAAGGAACCUGAACUAGUAAAGAAACAGCAAUUAGGUAAACACUCGAAGUCAAGAGAGAGUGUCUUUGCUGCUUUAUGUUCUACACUUAGCCAUGCUGUCUUGCCCAGCACAAAAACUGCAACUGCCGUGCAUGCAACUCCUGUGGAUGGAAACAAAGGCUCAACUGAAGAAAGUCACCAAGAGAACGAUCCUGUCAUUUUGAGAACCUGUUCCGAUAACAAAAGUUCUUCAGGUGAGGAAAAUCACAAAGAGAAGGAUCCUGCUGGUCCUAAAAGCUGUUCUGAUUGCUUACACAGCACAUCAGAAAAUGGACAGAUGAUCGGAGACGAUGGUCCUUUCAUACCACCACCUAAAUCCUCACCAGAAAUGACUGUAAACGGAUCCUAAGUUAUCAACCAGGAUUGUGGUUAGCAGGUUGACAUGUUUGGUUCCCUGUUUUAUUUAACUCGUCGAUGUCGCAAAUCAGGCUAGUAUUGCUGAAGGAAUGGCAUUCUUUGGAGGAGCUGAGCCGAAAGGUGGGUGAUUGACGUUCAUGGUUCAAUUAUGGUAGGAGAGGAUACUGUAUAGUGCCACCCAGGGUCAUGAGGAAAUAUACUCAUGGGAGAGGGGCCGAAAUGCCCCUUACCAGCCUCUCUGAUUUUAACGGAGAAAUCAUGGCUUUUGUAAAAAGAACCAUCCAAUGGACUAUUUUCCCCCCUUUCAGUUAUCUGUCUUUAAUUUUAUUUUCUUUCUCAACUUAAAAAAUCUUUUUUUUUUUUUAAACUGCUCUUAUUUAGCCAGUGUAAACAAUAUGAUAGAAAGGGCAUCAAUACUUGCCCUGCAUAAUAGGUCCCCUUGUUACAGUUUUGUGGUGGUGGUUGUGGUUGUAAUAGAGGAAGCUUUUAGCGAGCUGGUCAAUGGCCAGAUUUUCCCAGUUGUA